UCUCUACAUAUAGAUACACAAAGACAUACAUACUAGAGAAUGCUGCUACAGUUACUGAUCUGCCUUUUCUAGGAAAGAAAAAAUCAGCCAAUGUGUUCAAAUGUUUGCAGAAAACAUUAUAUAUAAGUUUUCUAGGAUUGAUCAAACAUAUAUAUAGAUUUAUUAAUAAUACAAAUUAAACAAAAGCAACAAAGAAAGCUUUCAAUUCUCUCUCUCUCUCUCUCUCUCUCUCUCAUCGAUCUCUACUAUAUAUAUAUAAUAUAUAUAUAUAUAUCAUGGCAAAGAUCAGAACCCUAUUAGCUGAUUCAGUAUGAUCAAUCAUUGAUUCACAUACUUCACUUUCUUUUAUCUUCAACCCUACAAACCCUAGAUCAUCUCUCUCUCUCUCUCUCUAGCUUUCUCUCUCUACAACCGACAAAGAACAGAUUAUAUAAUCUCAAUAUAUAUAUAUAGAUCGGAAAAUUGAGCUGAGAGGCAAUUGACAUGGACCCAAUAACUCAAGAAAUGUUUUCCUCAAGCGGCGGUCAUCACGAGAUCAACCCAGCUGGUUUCACACUCACCACCGGCGGCGGCGGCGGCGGCACCACGAGCGGCAGCUCGUCGAUGAUGGGCUCGCCGUCCGGCUCCUCCUCCUCCGCUUCAGCGUCCGGCGUCUCCUCCCCGCCGACGACGCUCAGCCGGUACGAGAACCAAAAGCGGCGCGACUGGAACACGUUCGGGCAGUACCUCCGAAACCACCGGCCGCCGCUGUCGCUGUCCCGCUGCAGCGGCGCCCACGUGCUCGAGUUCCUCCGCUACCUCGAUCAGUUCGGCAAAACAAAAGUCCACAACCAGCUCUGCCCAUUCUUCGGCCACCCAAACCCACCGGCCCCCUGCCCCUGCCCCCACCGACAGGCCUGGGGAAUGCUCCACGCAUCUUUACUGAUGGGAGUUCUUUGGUUUUUUAUGAACCUAGUUCUAAUAAAUGGGAUUUAUCCUGGAGUUCCUCAUGAAGUUUCCGUUGAUGUUGCAGAUAAUUUCACAGUCCAGUAUUACCUAAAUUGUAAAGAGUGCGAUUUCACAGUCAUUCAAACUCCAAAGUCUCAAUUAUGA